AUGGAUAACAAAAAGCUUACUACUCUAGUCCUUUUGGAUCUCUCAAAAGCAUUUGACAGCGUGGACCAUUCAAUCCUGUUAAAGAAACAAAGCAACAUUGGGGUUUCAGGUGAAGCCCUUAGCUGGUUUGAAAGCUACAUUUCAGAUAGAAAGCCGUUCGUUCGCAUUGACUCCCCGGUAUCCGAAGUCCUUCCAAUUACCCACGGAGUGCCUCAGGGAGCAAUAAUAACACCGCUAUUGUUCUGCAUCUAUAUAAAUGACCUCUCAAGAGUACCACAGUCGUCCGAGUUGGAAUCAUUCGUCGACGAUUCUAAGAGCUUCAUGUCAUUUCCAAUUGAAGAUAUCGCUAGUGCAAAAACAAAGAUAGGAGAGAUCCUAAAUUUGGUCGCAACUUAG